UUAGUGGUGUAUAUAUGGUUUACUUACGGUCAACUGCUGAACAACAUUGGGAGAGUCUUGCAAGAAAUAUAUGGCUAAAGCUAUGGAAACAGAAGAAGUCUCAUGGCCUGCAAACAGCAAGCUCAGUACCAAGUCCAAACUUUGCUCCUUUGAGAGGUUUGAAUGCUUCAAUGCCCAUCCCAAAAGAUCAUCAUCCUCCAAAUUCUCUGUUUUUUCUCCCAUCUUCUCCAUCCUCUCUUCCAUUUUUUUUUUUUUUUUUUUUUUUUUUUUUUUGUGUAAAAUUGUGAUCGGGGUUGACCCCUGAGAUGAAUAAAAUAUGGGUGUUGUGCAAACUCGAAUGGUAGGUGUGGUAAUGCAAAAAAAUCAACUGGAAUGAAUGUAGUUUUGGGUGUUUGUUUUUUUGUUUUUUUUAUUUUUUUAUUUUUUUAUUUUUUUUUAUUUUUUUUAUUUUAAUAAUAAUAAUAAUAAUAAUAAUAAUAAUAAUAUAUAAAAUGAAGUGUUGGAAUCCAGUGUGAACAUGCUGAUGAUGAAAAGUCAAAAAACAUAACAUAAAUUAAAAAAUUAAAAGGGGUAGUGGGGAACCGAGAGGUGUUUGGUCAGAGUGGUGGACCAAAAAAAAAAACAUGAUAAUUAUAUAUCUGAAAAUGAUAAAUAAAAGAAAGAUGGAGACAACAUGAUAGCGGUGUGUAUGGAUGUGAUAAUGAGAGUCGUAGUGGGUGUGAUUAAAUAAAUAAAAGAAGAAUGGGUUUUGUAGUGGGUGUGAUUAAAUAAAUAAAAGAAGAAUGGGUUUUGUCCUUGAGUAAAGAGAGAGAUCUGUGUUGUGGUGUGUGUGGUAUCAAUUAUAGAGAGAGAGCCAUCACCCAUGCAUUUUGGUAAGAUGAGAGAGAGUUCAGCCGUGUGUGGUGAACAUGGCAUUGUCAGCAAUUGGGAUGACAUGGAGAAGAUCUGGCAUCAUACGUUCUAUAAUGAACUCCGUGUAGCCCCUGAAGAGCAUCCUGUACUUCUUACAGAAGCACCCCAUUUCUCUCUCCUCUUCGUUUUCUCUCUCGUCAUUGCGACGUCCUUCGCUUCAGCCGCCGAUUCGGACGGCGAUGACGCCAUAAUCCGGCAGGUCGUCGGCGAGGACCACCAGUUGAACUACGAAAACCACUUCAGCCUCUUCAAGAGCAAGGUCGGAAAGUCGUACGCCACCAAGGAGGAGCAUGAUCACAGGGUCUCGAUGCUGCGGUGGUGUCGCGGAGGACUUCCGGGGAGGUGUAUGCCGGAGUUCCGCAGGCGGUUUGGAGCACUUGCGGUGGAGCUGGUUUUCCGACGAGGCGGAGGGGAAGCGGGAGCACGGUGCUGCGGUGGUGUCGCCGAAGCUACGGAGGAGGAGACUUUGAGUUGUAAAUUUGGAUGGGUUGAUCUGAGAUCCCUCUACUGUUUGCAGAUCUGGAUUUGGUGCUGAUGUGAUAAUGACAUCAGAAUCUUGCCGAAACGGUACUGAGCGUUGCAAUGAAGCACUACAAAAGCUCAAGGAAAAAUAUGAUGUCGUUGUCAAUAUUCAAGGGGAUGAACCUCUAAUUGAUCCGGAAGUAAUAGAUGGGAUUGUCAAAGCGCUGCAAGCAACCCCAGAUACAGUGUUUAGCGCUGCAGGCAACCCCAGAUACAGUGUUUAGCACUGCAGUCACAUCUUUGAAACCUGAAGACGCAUGUGAUCCGAAUCAUAUGA